AUGAUAACAGCACCAGUCUCCCCACAUGAUCUUGAUCGAGCCUUAAAGCGCGACUCUAUGCCAUGCAAUAAUGACAUUUGCUACUCGCCUGCAACUUGCUAUGGACCCAUCGGUAAUCUUGCAGCAUGUUGCGAACCUGACGAAGAUUGCAACGUGAUCACAACCUGCUAUCCAUACAGCGAAGAAGGCGUCCUAAACGGAUCACCAAAUGGCAAUGCAGAAUAUUGCGACUCAGAAUACCCAUACUGUAUUACAUAUUUCUUCGCCGCUUACAGUGGUCUCGAGGUGAUCUAUUGUGACAAUACAACCGUAAACAGCAGUAUCAUCACAGCCACGUACAACUGGGGAAUCUCAACGACUGCCGCCCAAGCUCUCGCACCAAUCACCGUGACCCAGUAUAUUGUGUCUUCGAUAAGCUUAUUCCCCUCUGAAACGAGUACAUCAUCAUCUACAUCUACAAGUACAAGUACCACAUCAUCUCCAUCCACCGCCACUCCCACUCCCACCCCAGCGACAGCAGCAACAACAACAACAGUAGCAACCCCACAUCAAGUACUCCCCACAAGCGCAGUAAUCGGAAUAGCAGUAGGAGCAACACUCCUCGGUGUAGCACUGAUGAUAAUCGCAAUCUUACUAUGGCGACGUCAUUCAUCAACGACCAACAUGCCACCUGCUCCUUCAAAUCCAGAAAUCCAAGUAGCUUCCUAUGCAUCUCCAUCCUUAUCUCCGAACGCACAGACGAGUUGGGUUCCAGAGACGAUUCUCGGUGAGAAAUCUGAGAAAUCUCCCUCGUAUGGUUUUGAAGCAAGAAGGAUUGGUAUUCAGCCGGAUUGUCAGGUGGAGGGUGCGGGUGCGGGUGCGGGUGAGAGGGAUAGUGUACCACCGGCUUGGGCGCCUCCUGGAGAUGGGGUGGGAAAUGGGAAGGGAGUGGAAGUGGGAGUGGGAGUUGGAGUGGGACGGGGAGUGGAACCGGUGGUUAUAAGUGAGUUGGGGGGCGAGAGUCGGGGGGUUGGGGAUGGGGUGGAGGGGAAAUGA